AUGACAAAUCUUGAAAAUCUCCUUGCUGCACAAGUUCUUCUUGGAUGUAUAGGGUCUGAGAAGGUAAAGGUACAAGACUUUUCUGCCCCAACGCUUGACUUACCCUUCUGUUUCAAGCUUAUGCCUCAACUGGGUGCUGGCUAUGAUGGAGCUCAGCUUCAUGGGAGGGUUGUUAAGUUGGGUCUUGAGAAGGACCAGUUUAUUCAAAAUACUAUCAUUUACAUGUAUGCUAAUAGUGGGUUAUUGAGUGAGGCUAGGAGAGUGUUUGAUGAACUUGUGGAUCUUGAUGUGGUGGCUUGCAAUUCUAUGAUUAUGGGGCUUGCUAAGUGUGGGGAGGUUGAUAAGUCUAGGAGGUUGUUUGAUAACAUGCCUACAAGAACCAGAGUUACUUGGAAUUCUAUGAUUAGUGGUUAUGUUAGGAAUAAGAGGCUGAUGGAGGCAUUGGAGCUUUUCCGCAAGAUGCAGGGAGAAAGGGUUGAGCCUAGUGAAUUUACAAUGGUGAGCUUGUUAAGUGCUUGUGCCCAUUUAGGAGCACUUAAACAUGGGGAGUGGGUUCAUGAUUAUGUAAAAAGGGGUCAUUUUGAGUUGAAUGUCAUUGUUCUCACAGCAAUUAUUGACAUGUACUGCAAGUGUGGAGUUAUUGUAAAGGCUAUUGAAGUGUUUGAGGCAUCACCCACAAGAGGAUUAUCAUGUUGGAACUCCAUUAUAAUAGGACUUGCCCUGAAUGGUUAUGAGAGAAAAGCAAUUGAGUACUUCUCUAAGCUUGAAGCCUCAGAUUUAAAGCCAGACCAUGUAAGUUUCAUUGGUGUUUUAACUGCUUGUAAAUAUAUAGGAGCAGUAGGAAAAGCAAGGGACUAUUUUUCUCUGAUGAUGAAUAAGUAUGAGAUUGAGCCAUCCAUAAAACACUACACUUGCAUGGUUGAAGUGCUAGGUCAAGCUGCGCUACUAGAAGAAGCAGAACAACUAAUAAAGGGUAUGCCUCUAAAGGCUGAUUUUAUUAUAUGGGGGUCUUUGCUUUCAUCUUGUAGGAAGCAUGGGAAUGUAGAAAUUGCGAAACGAGCUGCACAAAGAGUCUGUGAGUUAAAUCCAAGUGAUGCCAGUGGUUAUUUACUUAUGUCUAAUGUUCAGGCUGCAUCCAACCAAUUUGAAGAGGCAAUGGAGCAAAGAAUUUUGAUGAGAGAAAGAUUGGCAGAGAAGGAGCAGGAUGCAGUUCAAUAG